AUUCUAAACAAAUGGGCCUAAAGCUGUUCGAGGGAGUAAACAUUUUUGUUGCAACAAGCGGACAGCAUGCAAGGAUCAUCCUGCUUUUGUCUUUAACAAAACCUAGAGUUUUCCUCUACUUCCACAGUUUUCUUUUCCUUUUUGGUCUUUCAAUAUGUUCAUGACCAACUCGCUUAAGUUGUUUUGCUACUCUAAUGCCCAGUAUAUGAAAGUUUUGAUCUUUCUAUGCUUUUUUGCAAGCAUUCGGUUGCUUAAUUUUGAUAAUUUUUUCUUGCUUUUGAUAGAUUGUUUCCUUGUCUUGGUUUUGUUGCAUUUAUUCUAUUAUAGUUGUGCCUAUGAUGAUGUUAACUUUUUAUAUGCUAUCAUGUUCUAUAUCCAUGAAAAAAUCCAAAUCAUAUUAUUUCUUCCCCCUAGCAAGUUUGGGAUAGUUAAAGUAUUGAUUUUUUUUUUUUCAAUUUGUUAGAGCUUAUAUUGCAAGUGAUGAUAAACAAGACCAACAAUCAGCCACUCCUUUCUGGAGAAUGAUGAUGCUGUCAAAAUAAGAAUCAUCAGAUCUGAUGCAUUUGUACAGGCUCUUCAAUCUUCUUCUGUGUCCGUAUAUUUAUUUUAGUUCAUUUUUUUUAUGAUGGUUAAUGAGAGGUAAUUAAUUAGUGUUUUGGUAAUGUGGACGGCUUCUUAUUCUUUGUCAAGAUUAUGCAUUAUUGCUUGAUUGGUGUUCUUUGAGAGAGUUAAAUACAUUGCUUUAGUUUCAUUUGACAUAUUUAUUAUGAUGGCAUGAGUUCUUUCUCAAUGUCAAAUUCUUAAUUCAAUUAAAAGGAAGAAGAAUUUCCAUUUAAUGUACAAAUUAGUAUGUGCUGGAUGUUGAGCCUCAACAGUGCCUAUGGUGGCUCUAGAGCUAGCAUGGUUUGCUCUAGAAUUUCAAUUUAAGUAAUUUAUUGAAGUCUGCUUCUGCCUGCAGCUUCUCUAGUUAGUGUUGACACGGCAUUUUUUAAGAUUUAAAUUACUUACUGUGUCCAAAGUUUUUCCCUUUUGGUAUCAAAGUGAUUUAGAACUUUGAGUGAAUAAGAACUUACUAAAGUUUUGUUGUGCCUGUGAUGGGUUUAGAUAUACUAUGAGCAACAGCAAUGAAAUUACCUUAAUAUGAGGCACUGAUUGUUGAUUUUCUGGUGUGUUGAACGUAUCAUGACAUUACUAAUUGUGAUUUGAGUCAUUGGUUUGAAUUUAUGGUUUUGCAGAAUUUGAAUGUGCGUUCCUCGGUCGUUUCUUCUUGCAUGAUUACAUAGCCCUGUUGGAAGAAUAUUAUGCUUGUUUUCUUUAACCUCCUUCUGUGAACUUUUUUUGCUAGAUAAAUAGAUAUUUUUUAAUAUAAAUUCUUAUAGAUGGUUUGCCUAUGAUGUGAUUUACUGCACGUAUCAUCAGACAAAGUGAUGAUAUUUUCACCACCUCUGGGGCAAAACCAUGAUUUGUUUUUUACCACGAUCUUAAGCAUAAUAUACCCUUCAUGGUGGGGAUGGGUGCCAUUUGCAAGAUACAUAAAAUUGUAUUACAUUUGUGUUGAAAUGACAUUCACUGCUUCGUCAAUGAAUUUGAUGAACUUUGUAAAUGCAGAUCAGAUGCAUCAGCUGUUUUGGAUAGCACACUUAGUAAGGUGUGCUUAUUGGGUAUUCAUCUCUGGUUCUCAAGUCACAUUCACUGUUUGUCUAGAUGGUUUCAUGUUUGAUUCAGAGUCUCCAUAACAGUUGCUAGAAAGCCAGAUGAUAUGGGGUCUUUGCAGCUUUCCACUCCAACUGCAUCUCAUAAUGGAUCUGCUUGUUGCUUCUCUUCCAGCUUUGUCUGUUUGUCUAGAUGGUUUCAUGUUUGAUUCAGAGUCUCCAUAACAGUUGCUAGAAAGCCAGAUGAUUGUCAACUUUGUGAAGCUCAACCAUGUAUAUUUUGAGAAGCACUAUUAUUUCAUUUUCAAGAAUACUUGUUUUGAACAAAUGGGACAGUAUUAUGAACAGAUUAAGAUUCAUUCCGGUUUCCCAAGAUUUGAUACUGGCUAGCUAGCACACACAAUUUACACAUCGGUAGUUUCAGAAUUCAUGGUUCAGAAAGAAGACACAUCAACAUGGAUCAUCCUCCUUUUGCCCAAAGGAACAUGUCAAAUUCUCUCAAAACGUGUUCAGUUUUACAUGUGCCGCACCACACCGACUUGUUCUUUAUUUUACUUUUAACUAUUAGGCUAUGUUUAUGUACGAAGAAAUCAACAUUCUGCAGCAAAACAUCUAGCUAGAAGGGAACUAUGGCAGCACUAUUUUUGGCAAAAAGAGCCGUCAUUAACAUCUCUAGAGCUUCAUCCAAGGAUCACCCUCGUUGUGUUGUGUCUGCCAACAGGGCUUACUUCUCCACUGCUUUUCAACGAGCUCAAGGUACCAGUGUAGCAGCAGAGACAAGAAGAGAAACAAAUAGCCCAGAUAGGACACCACGAAAAUCUUAUAGUGCAACAAAUUAUCGAACUAGGCAAGGCUUAGACCCUGAUGAAUAUGCAGGAGUAGGAGCAAAACAGUUUGUGGCUGACACUGCCAAAGAAGGGGUUAGAAAAGCAACACAAGUAGCAGACAUGAUUGGGGACGCGGCUAAGGAAACAAUAGAUGGUGCACGGGAAGCAGCCAAAGAGGCUAACCAAAAGGUUAGAGAGACAGUAGGUGGUGGAAAUGAUGAUAGUAACAGUCAUGAUCAUAACAGCCACGACAAGAACAAUAAUAACGUGGAAGAUCCAGUGUUUGUUGAGGUCCAUAAGUUGAUGGACCAGCUGUUGAUACAGUAGAGUACAAAAAUAUUGAUGAUUUGAGAAGAAUAGGUGACAGCAGAUUGAGAAAGCACUUGGUUCUUAAGUUUGCUUGCAUUUGGUAGCAAUAACUAUGGUCUGUUACAAUGUUUGUAUCACGUUGGCUUAAUUAGAAAACAAUGGAUUUGUGAUAAGACCUGCACUGGGUCUUUUUUGUUUA